AAAUAAUAACAAUUAAACAAUAGUGUUUAUAUAGUUUUGUAGAUAUUCGUAAAACUUAUAAUUGUCAAUAACUUUUAUGUGUACUAAAGAAGUAGUUAUAUAUAAGUCUAGACAAAAACAGUAGAUGUCAAUAGAAGUACUCAUGUUUCAGGUAUAGCGAACAAGAUAUAAUAAUCUUUUGCUUAUUAAAUGUAUUAUUAUUAACAUCUUUAAGAAAAUAACUCAAAUUGGAGGAAGAAACUAAUUUCAUUUUGUUAUUAAAACUUAUAAUGAUUCAUGUUAAAUAUGUUUAUGAAUUUGGUUUAGUUUAUAGCUUUAAGGAAGUAAAAGAAAUGGCUAGUACAUCCAGUGAUCAAAAUAUUAUUGCUCAAAAGACUUGGGAGAUGUCAAAUAAUGUUGAAACAAUCAGUACAGUCGAUGAAAUCUACAGAUAUGAUAAAAAAGAACAACAAGAUAUAUUGGCAGCUAAACCAUGGGAAAAAGAUCCUCAUUUUUUCAAAGAUAUUAAAAUCUCAGCAUUAGCAUUGUUAAAAAUGGUAAUGCAUGCACGUUCUGGUGGAACAUUAGAGGUAAUGGGUCUUCUGCUUGGAAAAGUAACAGCAAAUACAAUGAUUGUUAUGGAUUCUUUUGCAUUACCUGUUGAAGGGACAGAAACAAGGGUUAAUGCGCAAGCUCAAGCAUAUGAAUAUAUGACUGCAUAUAUAGAAGCUGCAAAACAGGUUGGCAGACAAGAGAAUGCUAUUGGUUGGUAUCAUAGUCAUCCAGGUUAUGGAUGUUGGUUGUCUGGUAUUGAUGUGUCUACACAAAUGCUUAAUCAAAAUUUUCAAGAACCAUUUGUUGCUAUUGUAAUUGAUCCUGUGCGAACUAUUUCUGCAGGUAAAGUUUGCUUAGGAGCAUUUAGAACUUAUCCAAAGGGAUAUAAGCCUGCUAAUGAGGAACCAUCAGAGUAUCAAACGAUACCUUUAAAUAAAAUCGAAGACUUUGGUGUACAUUGUAAACAAUAUUAUUCGUUAGAAGUAUCAUAUUUCAAAUCGUCAUUAGAUAGACGAUUGUUAGAUUCCUUAUGGAAUAAAUACUGGGUGAAUACUCUUAGUUCUUCUAGUCUAUUAACAAAUGCAGAUUAUACUACAGGACAAAUAUUUGAUUUGUCGGACAAAUUAGAACAAUCGGAAGUUGCGCUUGGAAGAGGAUUUGUUUUAGGUGGAACAGAUCCACACGAUCGUAGUACAGUAGAAAAACUUAUUAAAGCAACACGUGAUAGUUCUAAAACUACAAUUGAAGUUAUACAUGGUUUAAUGGCACAAGUUAUAAAAGAUAAAUUAUUUAAUCAAGUUGGAACAAAUAUGACAGAUUCUUGUUAAACCAUCAUUCAUAAUAAGUUAAUUUUAAAUGAGAAGCCAAACAAAUGUAUUUGUGAUAUAAGCAAUAUAACUUAUGCAGUUUUUCUGCUUUAAAUUGUGAUUUUUCAUGUCUUGUUAUGGCACAAGCAUGUAUUCAAAGACAUAUAUACUUUAAAGACUUAAUGGAAUAAAAAUACAUUUUAUUUUUACAUUUUGAUUUGCUUAGAAAGUAUAUAUAAUGAUGUAUAAGCUUUUAAAAGUUUUAUAGAUCAUUAUCAUGAUACUUAAACCUGCUUUUAUUAUCUUAUGUUAACCCGGACUCCAGGAUUUUCUAAAACCAAAUAAACAGAGGAGCUGCUUAACAAGCUUCUUUCUGCUAACAAUAGGUUCUGUACAAAAAUAUAAAAAGGAGGUUAUCGUUAAUUAUUUAUACGACAGUAAUUAUUGAAUUCACAAAUGAAACAAAUGGAAUCAAAUUACUAUAUUCCUAAUCAAAUAAAAUUCUGCAACUGAAAAAUUGUAUAAUUCGAUUUCAGUCUUCUGACAUUUGGAAAAGUCACGGGAAUCCAAUAACUCAUUUAUUAGAUAUUAAAAUAAUUGAUAUAUUUUUAUGACGAUGAAAAGAUAUAGAUAUAACUUUACUUGAAUUCAUUCAAUUUAUUGAUUUACAAUAUUUAUAAUACAUUACCUAAAAAUAGCAUAAGAAGCAAUGAUGAAAAUCGUCCUACAAAUUACGCGUAUGCCGUAAGAUAAUUAUUAUCAAUAUCAGUAUUAUUGGUAUUUGUAUUUUUCACCAUUAUAAUUAUGAUAAUAAUAAUAUUAAUAAUAAUAAUAAUUAUUAUUAUUAUAUAAAUUUUCAGUCAUCAAAAAAAUAUUAGAACGAAAUUUAUUUAUUAAUUACAUAUAACUACUAUACUAUUUUAAUAUUUAUUAACCUUUGUAUUGCCAAAAAUACGAGUUAUUAGUAUUUUAUUUACUCAAAUGAUGUUUUUUUAUUUUUAUUAUUGAAUUUGUACUGACAUUUAUUAGAAUAUACUACAAUUAUCAAUGAUAAUGAAGGAAUCUUGCUGCAUUUAUGUGCAGUAAUUUUGUUAUACAAUAAAACGUUAAAUUAUUUUAAUAGUUACGCACUUUCGUAAAUUACAUUAUUAGUUUGUGGUGCGGUUUGAUCUUUUAACAUUCUAAUCGCUGUAAAGCGCAUUUGUGCUUUUGUACUUUACGAGUGAAAAAUUAAUAUUUGGAAUGUAGAAAUAUCGCACGCGCUCUUUUAUGAGAACGUUACAGCUUUCAUUUUUAUUAUAUUCAUAUGAAAUAUACAUAAUAUACUUUUAGUAGAUCAUUUAAGCAUCACUGUUUGCAAAAAUAUUAAGAUUCUAGAAAUAACUUAUGUAUUACAUAUAUUAUUGUAACAAAUACAAUAAUUUAAAAUUAUAAUAAAAUUUAGAAAUAUUAUAUUUUAGAAAAAAAAAGAAAACUAACAUUUUCGAAUUGCAUCACUUUUAUAGUCAUGACAAGAUAUAAUCCAUGCAAUUUUUUAAUAGACUUAUGUAUACAUAAAUAUGUUUAUGCUGUUUAACCAAUUUUCAUUUAAAUAACAGUUGGUAACCUACGUCUUUUUGAAAGUUCUUUCUAAUAAAUGCUUUUAUUUGGAAACAGUAAGUAGAAAAUUAAACAAUUAUUAAGAUUUAAUAAUAUAAACAUUUAGAAGAUUUAAAAAAGAUUAUUUGUAUGUCUUCGAAUCUGUUGAUAUAGCAAACAUUACAGAAGCGAUCUUUGUAAUAAUAAUUUGUUGUAAUAUAUUAUAUACCUAAUACAUAAAUGCAGACAAGCUUAUAUAUGGUUAAACGCAAUGUUAAUGAAAAUCAUUAUUUGAUGCUUUUGAAUUUGAAAAAUGAAAUUAAUUUUAAAUAGGCAUACUAUUACUAUACAAAAUACCUGUACUAUAUUUAUUAAUAACAUUUAUUAUUUUUGAUCCAAUGUCAAAAACUUUUAAAUGAAUUGGUAAAAUACAGAACCAUGCACGAUGACUCGUGCAGUAAAAUCUAAUAACAUUAUGUAUCUUUAAUUCCUACUUCUAUUUUAUCAUACACAUGUAUAAAAAUCCAUUGUAUGUUAUAUACGUAUGCUUAGUGUAUAAACACGAAUUUUAUGUUACAGCAACACAAUAAAAAAUAAGCAAUGACGAAUUACGAUAAGCUUUACUUGCGAUUAGUAUAAAUUUCCGUGUACAAAUGUGUGACAUAAUUUUAAACUGUAAAGAAAAUAAUUCAAUUGAAUAAAAAAGACCCAUAGAGUUUAA